AUGGGAGUAUUCUCUGACCAUGUAGGACUGGCAGUAUAUCCCAUGUAUACAAAGUGUAAUCACUGUUAACAUUGGGUUUGAUAAUCCUUUUAUGGGUCAUGGAGAACUUAGUAAGAGGUGCAUUAGCGCAGGGCAGGUUACUCCUACACAGAUCCUCGAUGCAAAUGAUAUUAUAGAAACCUUAAUGGCUGAUAUCUCGGAGUUACUUAACCCUACAUAUAACCAAUUUACUGCCCUUUUUUGUAAAGGAGUUGAACAUCUCUGCGAUAGGGAUGGGGACUCCGUUCCAGAUCAUGUGGAUAAAAAACUAGGAGUAUUUGACAAUCCCAUCUACUCAAAAAAUUCUAGCAGGGAGGACUCCGGUUACGUGCAAGGAGACAAUGGAAUGGUCGAUAUCAAUCAAAGGGUUGGGCACAGUAGGGGGAAAAGAGCAGCUCCCCUUCUCCUUAUAGCAGCUAUAGGGGCGGGAUUAUUCGUCCUAGGGAACUCAAUCUACUCUUGGGUGUCUAUGAAACAACUCUCUGAUAGGAUAGCAACAAUAGAGAGAGAGAACGAGAAGAUAGAAGGUGCAAUAAAAGAAAUGUUUGGAGUGCUACAUGAACUUAGAAAAGCGGAUGAUGAUAUGUAUCAUGCAAUAAGGAAUAUAAUUCCUGAGCUAGCUCGUCAUGCUCAGAGAACAGAUUGUGAAGUGUUCAGAUCUAAGCUAGACCUAUUUGUGUCUUAUGCUUACAGAACUAGGGAAGCAAUAACAAGAGUAUUAAAUGCUGCACUAAUCGGGAGUGUCACUACAGAGAUGAUUACUGCAUAUGAGCUCAGAAACACUCUUCUAGCAUCUCCUGAGUUUGAUCAAUCAAUAUAUCGAGAAAACCUAGAUCUGUUUUAUAAACUCAGUAUGUCUAUUCCCUUAGCAUACAACACAAAUACUCACACACUAUCAAUAGCUAUAGCUAUCCCUAUGGUUACCCACGGAGAUGCAUCUCCUACUUAUACUAUAAAAAAUAUCGGUUGGGUAUCAGGCACAAGACUGUAUAAGAUACAACUUCCUGACACGGUAGCUAUUAUCAGCGAAGAAAGAGAUCAAGUUGAUCCGUAUUCAAAAGAGAACCUGCUUAAGCAAGUUAUACCUAUAGAUCUCCAGAGCUGCGACAAUAGAGGAAGAAUACAUCUUUGUACACAUAAAAACUUAGAACUAACUCAUACUACAUCCUGUGCAAAUGCUGUUUUCACUAACAAAGAGCAAGAAAUAGCUUCGUCAUGUACCAUAUCGUCUAAACUCCGAACUGAGGAAAAUAUUAAGCAAGUCUGGCCCAUGGAUAACCACAUAAUAUUCAGGGGUUAUUCAUCUUACAUGCUCCAGAAUAUUAUGAAGAACAAAAUCUCACAAUCUAGGACAAUCUAUGUAAACAAAAACAAUAUCACCAUGGUUAGGUAUGGAACUUUUGAUUUCAUCCAAGUCGGGUCUAGCUCAAUUUCUGGGAAACGAGAUAGUCUAAGUGCAACAGUGAAAUCAAUGCACAAAAUAAAUACAUCAGAAAUAGAUGAUACAGAUCUUGAUCACCUAUUAGAUAAUAACAUAUGGAAGGACUUAGACAAAGACAUGGAGGUGCUGAAGAGGAAAGAAAAGGAGAUGGAAAGAUUUGCGAAUUUUGAUGAUCGAAGAAUGAAUUAUGAUAAGUCCAUCUCAUUGGUAAUUAUAAUUGUACUUGUAAUUUUAGUGGGUACUGUCUUUUAUUUAUACAAGAGGUACCAGCGACAAAAAAGAUAGCACAAAUAGAGAUGCAAGAUUUACUAAUGGAUGGAUGGAUAUUGUA